CGUUUUUCAAGCCACCAACAACAAUGUUAGACAUUCAUUACGUACUAUUUCGACUCCCUUCCCAACAUGGAGACGGACUACUGUGUUAGAAUGACAUCCAAGGUUUUAGGCAACUAGAAUUAUUCUACUCUAUAAAUCCUACGGGAUCUCGAGUCGCUGAUACGACACGUACAUGAAAAGGAACUAAUAACUAUAGUAGCGUUUCUUUUGCAGAAUCUCUUUUUAAAAAAUAUUCCAUGUUCAAUCCUCCUUUUGACGGAAUUAAUUCACUUAGGUCCGGUAAUUCCAUUAUUGCCAUUAUGCGAGUUGGUAAGCAUCUAUGUCUGUCAAACAGACAUCGUGUAACGAAGCGCCCUAAGCCGCUAAUUUUCGCCUUCGGGCUUCGCGAUCUGAAUUAAAAGGGCAAAGAUUUCAUGCUAUCGCCUAUCUACACCGUCGUCUAUAUAAGGUGUACUAUCAUCCGUCCGUUUCCAUAUCGACAACCUUUUUCUACUCAUCAACCACAUAGAAAUACACCUAGAACCCGAUCAUUCCACACGACAUAGAUCUCAUCAUGGCAGUAUUAGAUGCACUCUCAACCGGAGAUCAGGUCGUUGAGGCCUUCAAGUCCCAGGUCAAGGGACGGACCUUCGUCAUUACGGGAGCUGGCAUGCCUAGUAUCGGAAGCCAGAUGGCCAUUUCGCUUGCGAGGGCUUCGCCGGCACACAUUCUGAUCGCAUCACGGACUGGCAGGAAGGUCGACCCGGUACUAGAGAAGAUUGCCGAGAUCGACAGUUCCGUCAAGACGACAUUUGUUCAGGUCGACCUAACGGACCACGAGUCAGUACGUAGGGCAGCCAAAGAGAUAUUGGCCGCCACACCCAAAAUAGACGUCCUCAUCAAUAGUGCUGGAAAUAUGGGUAUCAAGGAUUACACGGUCGACAAACAGGGAAUUGAGAUCCAGCUGUCUGCCAACCAUAUCGGCCACUUCUUGCUAACUAACCUACUCGCGCCCGCUCUUAUAGCUGCCGGGUCCCAACCUGGUGGAGCCCGCGUCGUUAAUCUGACAAGUCUCGGCUACCGCUCUAGCCGCUUUCGUUUCGACGACUGGAACUUCUCGAAUGGCAAGACCUAUGAUCUAUGGACGGGCUACGCCCAGGCCAAGACCGCUAACAUCCUAUUUUCGUUUGGUCUCACAAAAAAGCUUAAGAGCCAUGGCGUCACGUCGACGGCAGCGCAUCCCGGCUCCAAUAUCGACACCCAGCUGGGGAGCCACCUGACUGUCGAUGACUACGCCAAGAUACCCGAAGUGAUGCAGCGCAAUAUGGGGAAAGAAUGGGAAUGGGAGACGCCCCGAUUCAAGACGUUCGAUCAGAUCUCUUCUACGUCACUCGCUGCGGCCCUAGACCCGGAGAUCCCUGCCAAGUCGCCGGCAUACAUGGUGAAUUGUCAACCUCACGAAGUCGACGAACAUGCGAGGGACCCGGAGGCCGUUGAGAAGCUAUGGAAGCUCAGCGAGGAACUUGUUGGGCAGAAGUUCGACUACUGAUUAGCCGUGAAGUACAACCUAUUAGGUCAGCCUGCUUAGGGCGAGAUAAAUACAUAUAAUCGAAUUAUAAGAAUAUCUUUAACUCCAUAGGUCCGAAAUCCGAAGAAUCUGGGGAAUCCGGGGUUGGAGGUUUCGAAUUGACUAAUGCCGUACUGCUGUGCCCAAUACGAGUCACCUUACCCGGUAAGGCUGCCCAUCUACCGGAUGUAUCUCAUAUAACUUUUUUCGGCUCAUUUAGCCUCGUGGACGGGAUGGACACCUGCAUUGUGACUCAGGUGCCGGCUAUAUAAGUCUAGAAUAUUCAUUUUGUGGUUGUAAUUUCCAGGAAGAGCACAAUGGCGUGUUCGAUGCAAUCCCGUCAUAAGCGCGCAGAGUCAAAGCAUGGCGCUUCAACUACUAGGUACUACCUAGGUAGGUACCUAUCCGCAUCUCAUUGUUUACACUAUCGUCGAUGGAACCUUGACAUUGGCCACCACUCCAAUGCCAAUUUCCCACUCACGAGAGACGGCACUGGGUUUGACCAUUAGAGUAUUGAGAGAAACUUGAUAGGUACCUAAUUAUAUAUGUAGGCUACUUCGUACACA